AUGAAGAUUCUUCUUGCAGUUUCCUCCAGCGCUUUUACUUUCUUGUUGCUCCUAGUGUCUGUUGUGCAAGGAAAUGUGCUAAAAUGUGCCACUGGCAAAGAGUUCCACAACGGACUUAUAGAAGAAUAUGCAUCAAAAGCUCAAUAUAGUUUACAACGUAGCAGUCAUCCUUUAGGGCCCGAUGGGGAAAAAUGCAAGGCCUAUCAGUUUGAUAUCCCAAGGAAAUCAUCCAGAGAUACAGAUUAUUACCUAGUCCAAGUUUGUGGUGGUAUGGAGGGCCACAGACUAUAUGAAUGGUACAACUUUAAAUGGGCUCAAUGUGAAUAA